AUGCAGUCUUUGAAUCCUAAGGUUGCUUUAUUGCGAACAAAUAAUCCUAGGGUUGCACUGAUUAUGGAGAUCUUAUAUGCUGUGAAAAUUGUCUGCAAUCUUUUUACUCUGAUCUAUUUUCUUAUUUUUAUUUGCUUACGGAUAAUAUAUGGGGAUCACAGCAUCCUACGAGGCCAUAGACCUUGGUUAGAGACUCCUUGGGGGCUUUUCAGUUUGUCAGUAGAGAAACAUCCAAAUAACCGAAUGCUUGGUCGUUGUGAGAUCGUCAAUGGAAAGCCUGGUAAAUAUGUAUGGAUGACUUACAAGGAAGUCUAUGACUUAGUGGUCAAAGUUGGGAACUCUAUUCGCUGCUGCGGCAUUGAGAAAGCAAGUCAUAAUCUAGUGAAGAAUCCUUUCCAAAUGAGAACAACUAGUGAGAAAGGAACACCCUUAGUUCCCGCAGAUGUUGAAGGGAAGUCAAAGCAAUUGUGGACGAAGAUAAUGCAGCUUAAGUGGGAAGAAGAAAAUUUCAGAAUUGAGGUUACGCCGAUGGUGAUUUGGGUGGAGAAAUCCCUCAGCGGAAAUUGGAGAUGA